AUGGUGGAGAAGGUAUCGUUUGUAAAAAGCAUUUUCGUUACGUUCUCGAUUUUUCAAAUUGUUUGCGCACGGCCCUUCGGAGAAAAUGGUGACGAUUCAUCGAGUGAUAGUCUCUUUGAUGAUUAUGAAAUGGUGUCUAAUCAGCAUAGAAUAUCAGAUGAUCUUCGAUUGAGAUUGACAAACAUUUAUCCUGGGAAUACGUGUCCUAUUGCCGAAUUGUAUCAUACGAUCGUUAACAGUGGCCAGAGAGAUACUUCUUAUUAUUGCCGGUUCCAUCGAGAAAUUACGAAUUAUUUUAGUAAUCGAUUAUUCGUUGGCGAACUGACAGAAGAGAAGACAAUCAACAGAGUAGAAGUAUUGUUUUAUGAUGAAUCGAAUCAAGCUGUCUUAGAUCCAUAUGGUAGUCUAAUUCGAUACAUAUCCAGUGCAGACGAUCUGGGACAUACUUUGGAAUUACUCGAAUUACAAUUUUCAUUUACGUAUAUUGAAUUUGUGUUAACAUUACAAUCUGACGCUGUAUUUAAUAGACAAAACCUUUUCUUCCAUUUUUCACAUUCAAUAUCAGAAAACGAUGUAACUGGAAGAAUUAUUGGACCAACGCUGUACCUUCUCGGCCCAAGAAAACCCAUCUACACCGUAACGACGACCUGUCCAGUUGAUAUAAGAUGUGUGUGGCUGUUAGCACAUCAAAUUAUUUUCAAUGGGCCCGAUACGUCUGUCGCUUUAGAUUGUACUGAAAACCAUAUUGGCAAUGCAGUAUUAUCUUAUGUGAGUAUCAUCAACGGCAUUCAACAAAUCCUAGCAUCACUUUCAAUACAAGUAUGCAAAAAAUGCGCAAAGACUUCCCUUGCCCAUACCGAACAUAACACCUUGUAUUUACAAGCUACUAUAGAUUUACUUCUUCUCUUCCGACCACAACCCUAUCUCAUUCACAAUUUUCAUCUAACCAUCCCUUUUUCUAAAGAUAAACGAACAACAACCAGCACAUUGCCUUCAAUCACCACUUACAAUACCACAUUUUCCAAUAUACCACCCACCCUGACCACUAGUCAGGACUCAUACGCGACUACAUUAUACUCUACCGUCGCAGCAAACAAAUACACCACUGACGAAAAACAUUCUAUUGUGACAACAGAUUCUACCAUGAGUUCAACCGAAUCCACCACUACAUCCAUACAUUCUACAACCAAAACGAUUGAAUCGACCACCGCUACAGAUGAUUCUAGCACUGCUACGAUCGAAUCAGUCACCACGACACCCAAUUCUACUUUAGCCACAGAUUCUACUACUAUCACCAUUCAAUCGACUACCACAACAGAUUCCACCACUACUACUACUGAAUCCGUGAUCACCGUAUCCGAUUCCACUUCAGCGACGGAUUCCACGAGUACUACCAUUGAAUCGACUACAACAACAGAUUCCACCACUAGUACUGAUGAAUCGGUGACCACCACGCCCGAUUCCACUUCAGCGACGGAUUCCACGAGUACUACCAUUGAAUCGACUACAACAACAGAUUCCACCACUAGUACUGAUGAAUCGGUGACCACCACGCCCCAUUCCGCUGCGGCGACGGGCUCCACGAGUACUACCAUUGAAUCGACUACAACAACAGAUUCCACCACUAGUACUGAUGAAUCGGUGACCACCACGCCCGAUUCCACUUCAGCGACGGAUUCCACGAGUACCACCAUUGAAUCGACUACAACAACAGAUUCCACCACUAGUACUGAUGAAUCGGUGACCACCACGCCCGAUUCCACUUCAGCGACGGAUUCCACGAGUACUACCAUUGAAUCGACUACAACAACAGAUUCCACCACUAGUACUGAUGAAUCGGUGACCACCACGCCCGAUUCCACUUCAGCGACGGAUUCCACGAGUACUACCAUUGAAUCGACUACAACAACAGAUUCCACCACUAGUACUGAUGAAUCGGUGACCACCACGCCCGAUUCCACUUCAGCGACGGAUUCCACGAGUACUACCAUUGAAUCGAAUACCACAACAGAUUCCACCGCUACUACCACUGAAUUGAUCUUCACCGCAUCCGAUUUUACUUUACCCACAGAUUCUACCACUACUACCACUGAAUGGACUACAACAACAGAUUCCACCGCUACUACUACUGAAUCGAUCUCCACCACACCGGAUUCUACUUUAGCGACAGAUUCUACCACUACUACCACUGAAUCGAGUACAACAACAGAUUCUAACGCUAUUACGACUGAAUUGGUGACCACCACACCCGAUUCCGCUGCGGCGACGGAUUCCACGAGUACUACCAUCGAAUCGACUGCAACAACAGAUUCCACCACUACUACCACUGAAUCGGUGACCACCACGCCCGAUUCCGCUGCGGCGACGGAUUCCACAAUUACCACCAUUGAAUCGACUACCACAACAGAUUCGACCGCUAGUACCACUGAAUCGGUCACCACCAUACGCGAAUCUGCUUUAGCGACGGAUUCCACGGCUGCUAGCAUUGAAUCGACUGCGACAACAGAUUCCACCACUACUACCACUGAAUCGGUGACCACUAUACCUGAUUCCGCUACGGCGACGGAUUCCACGAGUACUACCAUCGAAUCGACUGCAACAACAGAUCCCAGCACUACUACGACUGAAUCCGUGACCACCACACCCAAUUCUACUUCAGCGACGGAUUUCACUGUAUCAUCAGACUCUAGCAGUGCUAGGAUGGAAUCAGUGACGAUCACGCUCGAUUCUACUUUACCGAGGGAUUCCAGGACUAGUACCACUGAAUCGGUCUCUAAGAUAGCCGAUUCUAGUUCAGCGACAGAUUCCACGAGUGCUACCAUGGAGUCGACUACCACGAACGAUUUUAAUGCUACUAAGACCGAAUCAGCCACCACGAUACCGGAUUCUACUUUAGCGACAGAAUCGACGAGUAUUACCAUUGAGUCGGUCAGCGUCAUACCUGAUUCUAAUUUAGCGACGGAUUCCACUGUAUCAUCAGACUCUACCAAUACUACCAUUGAAUUGACUACCACAACAGAUGUUAACGCUAAUACCACUGAAUCGCUGAUCAUUGUACCCGAUUUGACUUCAGCGACAGAUUCUACUACUGCCACCAUUGAAUCGACUUCCACAACAGAUUCCAAUGCUACUACGACUGAAUCGGUGACCACCACACCCGAUUUUACUUUACCGACAGAUUCCACGAGUACUACCACUGAAUCGACCACCAGAACAGAUUCCACCACUACUACCACUGAAUCAGUCAGCACUAUACCCGAUUCUACUUUAACGACAGAAUCGACCAGUAUUACCAUUGAAUCGGUCACCGCGAUACCUGAUUCUAAUUUAGCGACGGAUUCCACUGUAUCAUCAGACUCUACCAAUACUAGCAUUGAAUCGACUCCUACAGCAGAUCCCACCGCUGCUACCACUGAGUCGGUUACCGCCACCACACGCGAUUCUGCUUCGGCGGCAGAUUCUACCACUACUACCAUUGGGUCGACUAGAACAACCGAUUCGAACGCUACUACCACUGAAUCGGUCACCGCCACGCCUGAUUCUGCUUCAGGGACAGAUUCCACUGUAUCGUCAGAGUCUAUCACGGCUGCGAUUGAAUCGAUAGCGACCACGAUAGGUGCCACUAGAACAAUAGAUCCCACGGUUACUGCGAUUGAAUUGGUCACCAGCACACGAGAUUCUACAGUAGCCACAGUGGCCAUCAGUACUACGAUUGAGUCGACGAUGACUACGGUUAGCACCGAAUUGAAGAGCAUAGCUGAUUCUACUGUAGGAACGGCAAAAUCUACUAGUCUGACUGGGUUGUUGACAACUGACAGGGCUGAAACCGGUGGAGGGAUAAGUGGAAAUGUUUUUGCCACAUUAGGAUCUUUUAGAUCAAGCGCGCCGUCUGCCGGUAACACUAGUUUAGGCGGUGAAAAUAGUAGUUUUCACGAGGACACCAAUACUAGUAGCGAUCCUGGAAAACGUAAUGUGACAACGACUGCAAUAGGGCCCGCUACUUUAAGUAGUGAGGCAACCACCAAAGCUGCGUAUCAAACUAUAACUAUGGGAAUUUCGUCCAGUGGCACAACUAGGGAGGCGACCGCCAGCACCACGCAUCAAACUAUGACCACAGGAUUGUCGUCCACCAGUAGAAGUAGUCAGUCGACGACCACUAGCACCGCACAACGAAAUACAGCAACCACGAUAGGUUAG